AGGGCUCGGGCGCAGCCGUUAGUCUCUCCCCCCCUCGGCCCCCCCCAGCGGGCGGGGCGGGAGCGGCCGUUGAGGGAGGGGAAGGAGGCGGGGAGGAUUAACCCCCUCGUGCCCGCGGCGGCACCGACGCUCCUUCCCCCCCCCCGCGACUGAGGCGGCGCUGAGGGGAGAGGGAGAGAGAGAGCGCGAGCCGGGCCGGCCAGGCGCCCGGUGCAUUGUGGGACGGACUGGGGCUUCAGGAGCGGCGCAGGGGAGUCCCGUCCGCGGGCGGGAGAGGAGCCGAGGGAACGACUGAUACCUAGGAUAACAAACCAACCUAUUUCAUAAAGAAGAAGAAGAAAAUCUGCCAUUACUUUCAGUGUGAGAAUCAUGUCUGUUCGCGAGUCCUUUAAUCCAGAAACUUAUGAACUUGACAAAAGUUUUCGGUUAACCCGAUUCACAGAACUUAAAGGCACUGGCUGUAAAGUGCCUCAGGACAUUUUGCAGAAAUUGCUUGAAUCUUUACAAGAAAAUCAUUUCCAAGAAGAUGAACAAUUUUUGGGGGCUGUUAUGCCAAGAUUGGGAAUUGGAAUGGAUACUUGUGUUAUUCCUUUAAGACAUGGAGGUCUGUCUUUGGUCCAGACAACAGACUACAUUUAUCCCAUUGUGGAUGACCCUUAUAUGAUGGGACGCAUAGCAUGUGCCAAUGUUCUUAGUGAUCUUUAUGCUAUGGGAGUUACUGAAUGUGACAAUAUGUUGAUGCUUCUGGGUAUCAGCAAUAAAAUGACAGACAGGGAAAGGGAUAAAAUAAUGCCUCUAAUUAUCCAAGGAUUUAAAGAUGCUGCAGAAGAGGCAGGAACAUCAGUGACUGGUGGUCAAACAGUAUUAAACCCUUGGAUUGUUUUAGGAGGAGUAGCUACAACUGUCUGUCAGCCUAAUGAGUUUAUAAUGCCAGAUAAUGCAGUACCAGGAGAUGUGCUGGUAUUAACCAAACCAUUGGGAACACAAGUAGCUGUAGCUGUCCAUCAGUGGUUAGACAUUCCAGAAAAAUGGAAUAAAAUCAAGUUGGUUGUUACACAAGAAGAUGUGGAACUAGCGUAUCAAGAAGCAAUGAUGAACAUGGCAAGACUCAACAGAACAGCUGCAGGGCUUAUGCAUACGUUUAAUGCUCAUGCAGCUACAGACAUCACAGGCUUCGGGAUCCUGGGACAUGCACAAAAUUUAGCCAAGCAGCAACGUAAUGAAGUGUCUUUCGUUAUACAUAAUCUCCCUGUUCUUGCCAAAAUGGCUGCAGUUAGCAAAGCUUGUGGGAAUAUGUUUGGUCUUAUGCAUGGGACUUGUCCUGAGACAUCAGGAGGCCUUCUCAUUUGCUUACCACGUGAACAGGCAGCACGUUUCUGCGCUGAAAUCAAGUCUCCCAAAUACGGUGAAGGUCACCAAGCAUGGAUUAUUGGGAUUGUAGAAAAGGGCAAUCGCACUGCCAGAAUUAUAGACAAACCUCGAAUCAUUGAAGUUGCGCCCCAAGUAGCCACUCAGAACGUAAACCCAACACCUGGGGCAACUUCUUAAUCUAGAUGAAAUAGUUAUUUUUUUUUGUUUCGGUUUUUUAAAAAAUAGAUAUAUUCCUUUAUCAUAUUACAGCCUAAAGAACUGUAUAAAGAGAAGAAGAAACACAUUGUGUCUGCAAAUCUGGUGGCCUUAGGUCAGUUGGAGUGAAUGAGUUUAAUAAAAUAAAACCCAUUGCCUUUUUUUCCUGUUACAUUAACUGAAGAUGCACCUAAUCUUGAGGCAGCUUCUGAGUUGAGAAUUAUAUUGUUAUCCAAUACUGUUGAUUCAUUUUGAAUCUUUAGACACUUAUCUCUUGCCGCAUAGGCUCUUUUUUAAAAGGUGCUUUCACGUAGCACAGGCAUUACCAAUAGUGGUAUCAAAUAGAGUUGGUGUCCUUUUUUUUUUUUUUUUUUGCUAUAUGUAUAUUUAUCAUUAGCUCUAAUUUUGGAUGCCUUGAAUGAAAUUCUAAGAGGCAAUAAAUUUGAUAAGUGAUGCACAAGGGUUUUUACCCAGAAGCAAAGAGGGUUGCAUGUCUCCAUUCAGUCUUUGAUUUAUAACAUUUAGUCUUCUCCAUGAAAAUCUACAGCCUUGGACUUGACUUGGUAGUACAUUCUGUUGACUGAAACCCGCAAGUGCUGACUUUGCAUGGAAGGCCCUUCAGAGUUGAAGGAAAGGAGUCAUUUUGUUCUUCGUAGCUCAGACAAUGUUUACCUGUAUUAUCAAUAAUCAUUUCCUUUUACUGAUCGUAUAAAUGAUGAUGCUCAGUUUUCAACGUGAUUGGAUGUGCUGUAGAGCAACAACAUAUUGCCAGUUGAAGGGAGGAUAUUGUAUCAUUUACAAUUCACUAUAUAAUUACACAAAUAAUUUUUAAAUAUAACCAAUUAAAAAAAAACCUGUUCUGUGGAUGGUAGUGUUUAAUACAUUUUCUAUUUUGUAUAGUGAUUAUUAUAUAUUUUUGUUUUUCUUAAAAUCAGCAGCUGUCUAGUGUAAUGCUUAGUAUUUUUGUUUUCUGCUCAGCAUACAUUCUUGUGCACGCUUUUGUGAUGUGUUUAAGAUCUACGUUGCCAACUUCGCAGCCUGAACUUAAGCUUAUUAUUUGAAUAAAUAUUUAAUUUUUUA